AUGGCCUCCAAUAUGAUUCCUACUGGGGGUACUGCCCCUCAAAGCGUCGAAAGUAUCACACGAAUCGCACAGGUCUAUGAGUACAACUCUUCCGUCCCAUUGCGAUACUGGCUACGGACUGCUGCAACACUGCUACGAGAGGCCGACAUCUACGAACGGGAGGGACACGAUGAACAAGCUUACUUUAUCCUCUUUCGACACGCUCAAUUAGUCCUCGUCAAUCUAUCCAAGCAUCCGGAUACCAAGAAAAACGAGGAGGAUCGCAAGGCUUUGAUCGCCGCCGAGAAGGAAGUUCAGAAAAACCUCGGCAAGUUGGAAGUCCUCAAACCUCGGAUCAACAAGCGAUAUGAGCGCUACACGCAGUUGAUGCGCGAGCGCGAUUCCCGGAAACAACCCCUCCAGGCUACAUUUACCCCCGAGCCCCGCGCAGUCAUCCCCGAUCCUGCCCUCUCCGGCGUGGCAGAACCCUUGGAAGCUGGGGAGAACCGGGAUCUUGCGGUGCGGCUAGCUCAAUCGGAACUCAACCGGCGAGCAACGGCGCGAAUCUCAAAAGGUUCGUCAGGGCCCUCGGUCGAGGAAUUAGAAAGCCGUCGAGGGGCCGGUGUGUGGGGUCAUUGGGAUACCCAGUUGAAGCCUGACAGUCGAACAACGGACCAGGAUCUGAGUCAACGGAUCCAAAACAUCCGAUCGAACAUCGAUAAUCCACUUGGACAACGUGCUCACACCUCCGACGCUUUCUCGAUGACGAGCGCAUACAAGUAUCCAAGUGUGCCUCGUCAAAAGCCCUUGGAGCCCACCGUGUCGCCUGCUCAGAUUGCCAUCCUGGACAAGAAUGUCCAACGGCAUGCACCACCGAUCUUGCCCCCGAAGGAGCACAUGGAGCCUAGCAGAGCAAUCAUCGACGAUAUAGCACCUUCGUUGCCAGCCAAGGUUUUACCAGCCCCGGCACUCCCCAACAAGGUCCUACCAACCGACGAAACAUCCACCACUGAAGCCAACCUUAACCCCUCCAGCUACACUUUCAAGCCUUCUGCGUACCUGGAGAACGGCACCCCUCUGCGCUCAAUCUUCCUACCUGGGAACCUCCGAUCGCGCUUCUUGUCUCUGGCUGCUCCCAACACCCGCGCCAACCUCGAAACAUGCGGUAUGCUUUGUGGUACUCUCGUCUCCAACGCGCUGUUCAUAUCCAAAGUCGUCAUCCCCGAGCAGACGGCCACGUCAGACACCUGCGAAACCGUGAACGAGUCUGCCGUAUUCGAUUACUGCGACUCGGAAGACUUGAUGACCCUCGGCUGGAUCCACACCCAUCCCACGCAGACCUGCUUCAUGAGUUCCCGCGAUCUUCACACCCACUGCGGAUACCAGGUCAUGCUCCCCGAAAGCAUUGCCAUCGUGUGCGCGCCGAGCAAAGACCCCGACUGGGGUGUAUUCCGUUUGACGGAUCCCCCCGGGCUCAAGUCGGUUUUGAAUUGCACUCAAACCGGGCUCUUCCACCCACACGCUGAAGAAAACAUCUACACGGGAGCUUUGCGGCCACCGGGCCAUGUUUAUGAGCACGCUGGUCUUGACUUCGAAUUGGUGGAUCUGCGUCCCUGA